UUAUGUUUGCCACAGGCGUGUUUUGCACCUCGGGCCUUUUCUAUGUCUACUUCAUGGAGAUGUUCUGCGUGAGUCGUGAAGCCGCUUCGUGGCCAGCCAGUGUAAUGGGCGUGACGCUUACCUGCUCAGGUCUCGUUGUUUCGUUGCUCCAGUGCUUCCUGAGCAUUUUCCAAAUUUCCCUACUUGGCAGCAUUCUUCUCUGGACAAGUCUCAUGCUGUCAGCAUUUGCGCCUAACAUGCAGGUCAUGACUUCACUUUUUGGAGCUCUUCAUGGCUUGGGAAUCGGCUUCAUAGAAAAUACGAUGGCGGUGACUAUAGCGACCUCGUUCCUGGAGCAACAGUCUUUCGCAAUGGGUUUGAAAGAUUGCGGGCGCACCUUGGCUGUUCUUGUUUUCCCUACUAUUGUAUCCAGUUUAAAUUCAGUAUACGGCGUCCGCAGCACGCUUGCACUUUGUGGAGCGCUUCUCACACACGUAACAUUACUAGUGCUAGUGCUACGGCUGUGUCCGAUUAUGGGACGUCCGAAAUUUGGCCGAACUAACAAAAGUACGUGCGCCAUCACACCUACGCCAGUAGAAAGUAGGCUCCAUUACAAGAAAUCAUUCCAUGAGAAGACCAACACAAUAAAGGUGGCAACUAUCGAUUAUAUGUCCUGCAAAAACUUUGAGGAAGCAUCCACACGCCGGGACAAUAACGUUGUGCUGCUUGGAACGGCUAAGCGAAUUCCAUGUAGCGAAAUAGACAUAGACGCAGACAAGAAAGCUGCUCGCGGCGCCGCACCAUCAUCAUCAAGCACUGCCUCCAAAGGCAGCAGCAAAACUCCUGUAGAGCAACUUCGUGCGCGUGGAAGUACUGCCUCCCCGACCUCACAAGCACAUGAGUGCGUGACAGGUUUUGCAAAAAUUUACCCGCCGCAAACUGCGAGUACGCCUCUGCAGAAUAAUGAAAGUUCUUCAUUGACAAGCAACGUUGAAAGAGCAGCCCGUGAUGAGGACGAAAAGGCUCAGUUGCAGUCAGCAAGCAACACCAGACUGUUCCUUUUACUUACUGAACCAAGGUUUUACGUACUCGUGUUCCAAAAUACAGUGAUGAACUACUCGGCAAUUAUACUUCGAGCGAUAACAGUAGACUAUGCAAGGGACAAGGGGGUACCCUUGGCUCAUGCCGAGUUGGUGGGCACAUAUUGCGCGGCCACCGAUCUGCUUCUAGGCCACAUAGCGUUGCCCUUCCUGGCCGACCGCGGAUUUGUGAACCGAACCUUGCUUGCGUCUAUAACGUUUGCUCUUCUCUCGGCAGCAAUGUUUGUGCUAAGCGUUUCGCAAGGAUUAGCAUCUUUCAUUGGCUUAUUUGUACCAAUGUCCUUCCUCAUUUCGGCGACGUCGUCAUUCUCGCCUGUGUUGAUCACCGGUUAUCUUGGCCCUUGUCGGGUUCCCCUAACCUAUGGCGCCUCAGGGCUUGUGACAGGCCCUCUGCUCUUGGCGACACCCCUAAUAACUGGCUUUUUCAGGGACACCAUGGGUUCGUACGACAACCUCCUGCGCCUAAUUGGAGGGUUGGCUGCCAUCUCCGCUAUAUUGAUUCUGCUUCUUAGGAUAACAGGAAAAAAGUCCUGAUGUUCUUCAAACCUCAAAUAAAUAUGAAGUCGUGAGCCGUA